CUGGGGCGUGUUACUUACCUUACACGCAGCCUUCACCCCCCUCCCCUCAUGCGCGAAACAAAACCUAGAGGCGGCUGCACUUCAACCUGUUUUACCUGUCACUUAUUACCUCGUCAUCCCCGUAGUGUGUCAGCCUGCACCGCACUCUCAGCUCGCCAGCCUCUCCGCACAGCCGAGCAACACAUAGCAUCCAAGCAUGGCACUCAAUCAGGGAAACGGAGCAGGGUCUCCCGGUGCGUCUCAAAGCUCCAGGAAGGUAGCUCUCAUCACUGGGAUUACUGGACAGGAUGGAUCGUACUUGGCUGAGUUCCUCUUGGAAAAGGGCUACGAGGUACAUGGCAUUGUACGCCGAUCAAGUUCUUUCAACACUGGGAGGAUUGAACAUCUGUACAAGAACCCACAAGCACAUACAGAAGGAAAUAUGAGGCUGCACUAUGGAGAUCUGACUGACAGCACCUGUCUGGUGAAAAUCAUCAAUGAAGUGAAGCCUACAGAAAUAUAUAACCUGGGCGCACAGAGUCAUGUCAAGAUCUCCUUUGAUUUGGCCGAGUACACUGCAGAUGUCGAUGGGGUCGGCACUUUACGUCUUCUGGACGCUGUGAAAACCUGUGGCCUUAUUGAAUCAGUGAAGUUUUACCAAGCCUCAACAAGUGAACUGUACGGGAAGGUCCAGGAAAUUCCCCAAAAAGAAACCACUCCUUUCUACCCUCGAUCACCAUAUGGAGCAGCUAAACUCUAUGCCUACUGGAUUGUGGUGAAUUUCAGGGAAGCCUACAACCUGUUUGCUGUCAAUGGUAUCCUGUUUAACCAUGAAAGUCCACGGAGAGGGGCAAAUUUUGUAACCCGAAAAAUUAGCCGUUCAGUAGCUAAGAUCCACCUCGGACAGAUGGAAUGCUUCAGCCUUGGAAAUCUGGAUGCCAAGCGAGAUUGGGGUCAUGCCAAGGACUACGUUGAGGCUAUGUGGUUGAUGUUGCAAACAGAUGAGCCUGACGACUUUGUAAUAUCUACUGGGGAGGUCCACAGCGUCCGGGAGUUCGUGGAGAAAGCUUUUAGGCAUAUCGGGAAGACCAUUGUGUGGGAAGGGAAGAAUGAAGAUGAGGUGGGUCGCUGCAGUGAGACGGGCAAGAUCCACGUGAAGGUGGAUCACAAGUACUACAGGCCCACUGAAGUGGAGUUCCUCCAAGGAGACUGCAGUAAAGCAAAGAAGAAGCUUGGAUGGGAACGUAAAGUUUCAUUUGAUGAACUUGUAAAGGAGAUGGUGGGCGCAGACAUUGAACUGAUGAGGACCAAUCCCAAUGCCUAAGUGGCUCUGACGCCUAUUUAUACACUCCCAAAAAGUCACUCCUCAAUCAAUAUCUAUCCUCUGUUCUCUUUGUCUCAAUAUUUAAUUAUAUGCAUACUGUCAACACCGUAUAUGUUGCCAUUUGAUUUAUUUCUAUGCAGGAAUCUCAUUGACAUGCUUUUUCUUAAACUCCAUGUCACUUCCCAUUGUCCUGGGUGUCUGGUGAGGUCAUUGUGUAAUAAUUGUUCGUCGUGAUCGUGCAGAUAGUUUGCCAUUUUCUACUUAUUUCAUAUGCCUCUUCUUUCUUAAUAAAUUGCAUUUCUAUAAAAUA